AUGUCCAACUAUGAUAAACAUUUUGGGCCAGAACAAUUAAAGUGGCCAGAACCUGAGUCAGUUGCUUUGAUGGAGGCAUUGGCUAAAGAAGACAUUGAUGAAGCUGUAUACAUGAUAUUAUUUAGAGGAAAUUAUGUUGCGAAGAGAUUGAAUACGUAUUUUCAGCAUCUGGAUGUUUUUAAGGAAAGAAGAAAAGAGUUGUUACAUAAAAAAUGGACUGAAAAUGUUGCAAAGCCUCUUCAGAGAAUUAUGGAAAAAGUAAUUUCAUAUAAAGGGUUGGAAAAAACGAAACAAGAGAAUUAUGAAUAUUUUUUAAAGCACACAAAACGGUAUGAGAAUUUUUUUUUUUUGACUUAUGAUCCUGAAGUAUGCAAUCCUUUUUAUAUGACAAAAAAGGACUUAAAUUAUGGAAAGAUAAUCAUUUUCUCGCAGGUUACGGUCCCACUGUUCUGUGAUCCUCUAUUUAGAAGACAGCAAGAGUUGGAUGAAGAGAGGAGGGCUAUUUUUCAGUAUAAGACGGGAAAACGAUGUACCUUAAAAGAAUUUAAAGAACUAGAGGCGGCCAGGCAGUAUGCCACAUUGCCCCAGCUGACUUUCAGUCUCCACAGAGUGAUUCCAAAAGAGCAGCCCAAAGCUUCUGCAAGGCCUGUGGGAAGCAAAACUCAUAGCAAAUGCAGUCCUGAAAAGCUUGUCUGUGCAGAAGAGAAAUAUCCGCCUGAUAAGAAAAUGACUAGUGACCUAAGUCAGACUGUUUUUGAAAAGCAGUUUUAUUCCUCGAAGCUUGGCCAGGAGAGUAAAAAGCAUGAAAAGAAGAGUGGUGAGCAGAGAUCUCAGGGGAACAGGGCUCGGAUGAGCCGAUGGGUCAGCAGGUUGGCAGGGCAUCCCUCUUUCAUGCAGUCUUUCGGGCGCCUGGCUGUAGGAACGUUUCUCAUAUCCAGCACCUGGCUGCCAAGCUUGCCCCAGGAACUCAUUCCUGUCAACCUGAAAAGGGAAGAGGUCAUGGAGGACAUCUGGCCUGGGGGUGUUUUAGGAACCAGACGGCACAGACCCAGAUCCUGGGCGGCUGGGGAAGGCCAGCAGAGGCGGAGGUCACAGCCCGUGGAAAGAAGAGUGAUGACGGCAGAGGUCCCGGGGCAGCACCUGGCCGCCCCCGGAACUGUGCCCCAUAAGGGGCCGUUUUGCACAAGUGGACACUAUUUCCGUAAUCAGGCUGUUCCCACGCUGAGGCUGCAUUUCUUCCCAGUCCUUCACCUCCUGAAUGGCUGUGACCCAGCGGAGGUCACGUGGUGUGAAAUGGUUACAGCGUCACCCAAACCACCCACAGUGGACACAUUCAACCAAGUGGUAACGUCUGGUGGUCUGAUGCCUCAUUUCCACGUAAUACUUUUUAUAGCCCUGAAAAUGGAAAUCCUGGCAUCUAAACACAGCCGAACAUGUUAA